UCACGCGUUAAAUUUAGUUUUCCGCAGCAUCAACAUAUUCGCACAUUGUGUCCGUGGUGCCCAAAGUAAACGGUCCUUAAUUUCAAGCAUCACUCCUGAAUAACACACGAGCCACAACAAAAACUUGCCCACGAUGUCGCUGUAUCCGUCGCUUGAGGACAUGCUUGUGGAUAAGAUGGUGCAAUCCCAGAAUAAUAUGGUGGCCACCGUCGCAGCUCAACAGCAGCAGCAGCUUAAUUACGCUCCGUCAGCACCGAACAGCGCCGCAAAGGGACCGCCCGAGUACAGCCUGUAUCCUACCUUCACGAACGGGCAUGAUACGAAGCAGACCGAUGUCCACCACUCUGGAGGUGCUGGUUUCAUGUAUCCGAACCUGUACGAGUACAUGGGGCUAGAGUUGUCGAAGGAAAUGAUCGAGGCAAACCUGCCCCAGUUCAUGCCCCAACCAUCCGGUGGUGCUACUGCCAUCGUCCCCCAGCAGUCGACGGUGGCCAUCGUGAACAAUGCAAACAUGGUGGCACCCGUCUCCGGGCACUCUGUCGGGCUGCAGCGUGGCCAGGUGACCAAUGGAAUUCGUGAGCUGAUAUUGUGCAAGGGCGCGGACAAGAAAGUAGGCCUUCGUGUUCAAGCCAUCAACAAGGGCGUUUUUGUGUGUCUGGUCAUCAAGAACAGCCCGGCGGCCUUGGUGGGUUUGCGGUUUGGCGAUCAGAUUUUACAGAUCAACGGUACACUCGUGGCGGGAUUUUCCACCGAUGACGUCCACAAGCUGCUGAAGAAGAGCGACAAGAACAACAUUUCGGUGGUGGUGCGCGACCGACCGUUCGAGAGGGCCGUUACCCUGCACAAGGACUCGUCCGGGACCUUCGGAUUCCAGUUUAGCGACGGCACUAUCACGGCCAUUGUGAAGGACUCGUCGGCUGCCCGCAACGGGCUGCUGGUCGAUCAGCAGUUGCUGGAGAUAAACGGUCAGAACGUCAUCGCCAUGAAGGACAAGGAGAUUCGACAGCUGCUCAGCCAGUCCGAGUCGGUAACGACGAUCACGAUCGUGCCGAAGGUUAUCUACGACGUGAUGAUAAAGAAGCUUUCCACCUCAUGGCUGCGGGGAAUUAUGGAUCACUCGGUGCCGGAUUUUUAAACCCGUAGAUCGCUCUCGUGCAAUAUCAAAUUGCAACAACAAAACACCCAGUCUUACAAAGUUAAACAGUUUUCCAAUUAAAAAAAAAGAAAGUUAAAGAAGAACCUCAACAGAGUAGUGAACCAAAAAGACCUAAACCACUUUACAAUCCUAUCAAAUUACGCCCAGAUAAAUCUGACAGAGGAAGUCUCAGUUGGUCGUACGUCGCGAAGAAUCUGCGCUGGCGACUCGAACAUAUAUGUUUCAUUAAUUGUUAAUCUAAACUAAAACUAUUCAACCGUAUCUGCCAUCUAUGAUUGCAAAUCAUGUAUUAUCGUAUAUUAUUAUACUAUUCCACCCCCUAUAUAUUAUCGGUGCACUUUUAUAUACUAUGUUUUAAUAAUA